AUGACGUCAAAAGGGUCAAGCACAUCUUUAACCCCAAAGAGUUACAGACUGACCUCCGAUUCUGAGAAGCCCAAAGUCACAGGUAUUGUCAAUGAAGAGUUACUGAAUGACUACCUCCAGCAUAUCUUUCCUAGUCUGGAUGAGAUCCCCUCUACCACUGCUAGCAGAACACUCCUGACUUUUCAGAACCUACAGGAGCAUCUGCACCAGCUGCUGAAGGAGGAGGAAGAGGCUGAAGAGAGUGAAGGUAGAGAGUUUGUAGAAGGGCGGCUUGGGCCAUCCACUGUGGUCCUGGAUCACACAAGUGGCUUUGAGGGGUUACUUUUGGUGGAUGAUGACCUUCUUGGUGUUAUUGGACACAGUAAUUUUGGCUCCAUCCGGGCCACCACCUGUGUAUAUAAAGGGAAAUGGAUCUAUGAAGUACUCAUCUCCUCCCAGGGCCUCAUGCAAAUCGGCUGGUGCACUCUCAAUUGCCGAUUCAACCAGGAGGAGGGCGUUGGGGACACACCUGACUCUUAUGCUUAUGAUGGUAAUAGAGUGCGUAAGUGGAAUGUGACCACAACUAAUUAUGGCAAAUCCUGGGCAGCUGGAGACAUUGUGAGUUGUCUGAUUGACCUGGAUGAGGGAAUCAUCUCUUUUUGUCUGAAUGGUGUCUCUCUGGGAACUGCUUUUGACAACAUCACCAGGGGCUCUGGAAUGGCCUAUUUUCCAGCUAUCAGCCUCUCUUUCAAAGAGUCUGUUGCAUUCAACUUUGGCAGCCGGCCAUUGCGAUAUCCGAUGGAGGAUUACCGACCCUUACAAGAUGCCCCUACUACUGACUUGGUCAAGGCUCAUAAACUUCUUGGCUAUCUGAAGAAUGUCUUAAACUUGGGGUUGGACCCAGCGGAAGGGAAGCUGGUGGAGAGGGAAAGUUCGACGUGGCAGCUUCGGGGAGAACCCACAGUGCUGAUCACCAUGGCACACAUCUUCAACCACUUUGCUCCACUCAUGUGCAAAGUAUACCUGGUGGAAGAUGUUCUCAUGAAAUUUCUAUUAGACAUCUUGGAGAAAAAUGGGCCAGUGGAGUCUUUCCCACUCAUCCAGCAGCUCCUGGAUCUUAUGUGGCUUCUCAUGGAGGAUUAUGAGGUACAGGAGUGCCUCAAGCAGCUGAUGAUGUCCUUGCUCCGAGCCUACAGGUUCUCUCCCAUCAUUCCAGACCUGAGCUUACAGAUGCACUAUCUUCGGCUUACCAUUGCCAUCCUGAAGCAUGAGAAGUCCAGGAAGUUUCUACUUAACAAUGUCCUCUUUGAUGUGCUCCGCUCUGUGGUCUUCUUCUACAUCAAGAGUCCCUUGCGAGUGGAGGAGGCUGGGCUUCAGGAACUCAUCCCCACCACGUGGUGGCCCAAUCGCUUCAGCAAAGAGGGUAAGGAGAUGAAGGAGGUGAAGGAAGAGAGUGCUGACGAGCGGCUGAGACGGCGAGCAUAUGAGAGAGGUUGCCAAAGGCUCAAGAAACGAAUCGAAGUGGUUGAAGACCUCCAGGUUCAGAUCCUGAAAUUGCUGUUGAAUAAUAAAGAUCAUAAUGGGGGUGAAGCUUCCAGGUACAUUUUCCUGAACAAGUUUCGAAAGUUCCUGCAAGAGAAUGCCAGCAGUCGAGGGAACCUGACUGUUCUCUGCCCACCGGAGUACAUGGUGUGUUUUCUGCAUCGGCUGAUCACGGCUUUGAGAUACUACUGGGAUGAAUACAAGGCUUCAAAUGCAACAGCAGCAUAUAGUGAAGAAGCCUAUGUCCCCCCACAACUCUUCUAUAAUGGGAAAGUGGAUUACUUUGAUCUACAGCGACUAGGGGGCCUCCUGUCUCAUCUUAAGAAAACCCUCAAAGACGACCUGGCAUCAAAGGCAAACAUCUUGAUCGACCCUUCAGAGCUGCAAGCCAUCACCAUGGAUGACCUUGAUGAGGAUGAGGAGUCAGCUACAUCAACUGCACAGCGCCCUGUGGCUGCUCUAGCUAUUGGAGGAGCCCUGGCCAGGCCCAGUUGGCUCAGCUCCCCAACAUUGAGCCGAGCCAACCGCUUUCUCAGCACAGCAGCUGUGAGCCUCAUGAACCCCCGGAGGCCUUUGGGCACCAUGGAAAAAGUGAAAAUCCGAACGCUGAACGUGGAGCAGAGAACAGAGGAGGAUAUUGAAGGGAGCCACGAGAAUGAGGGCCUAUUGUUGGGCAGGCCCCCAGAGGAGCCAGAUCAGCCCCUUACGGAGAACUCCCUACUAGAGAUCCUGGAUGGGGUCAUCAUGAUGUACAACCUGAGUGUUCACCAGCAGCUGGGGAAGAUGGUGGGUGUUUCUGAUGAUGUGAAUGAAUAUGCCAUGGCCUUGAAAGACACAGAAGAGAAGCUCAGCCGGUGUCCAAAGUGGAGGAAAGACAUUCAGGAAGAAUUGAUGAAAAGUCAGAAGGUUUUCUCUGAGAAGCUGAAUCAUUUGAGUCGCCGUCUUGCCUGGAUCAAUGUCACCAUCUACUCCAAGGAAAAGAUGCAGGACAUUUAUUGGCUUCUCCGGGUUUGCACCCGCACCAUAGAACACGGGGACCGCACGGGCUCCCUCUUUGCCUUUAUGCCGGAGUUCUACUUAAGUGUUGCCAUGAAUAGCUACAGUGCCCUCAAAAAUUACUUCAGCCCUGUCAAUAGCAUGGAGGAGCUGCCAGGUUACGAGGAGACACUGACCCGCCUUGCUGCGAUUCUAGCCAAACACUUUGCAGACUCAAGAAUUGUGGGCACAGACAUCCGAGAUUCCCUGAUGCAAGCGCUGGCCAGCUACGUCUGUUAUCCCCACUCAUUGCGUGCUGUGGAGAGGAUACCUGAGGAACAACGGAUCACCAUGAUGAAGAACCUUCUUGCUCCAUAUGAGCAGCGUCCCUGGGCCCAGACAAAUUGGAUCCUUGUGCGGUUGUGGCGGGGCUGCGGAUUUGGGUAUCGCUACACUAGGCUGCCUCAUCUGCUGAAAACAAAGCCAGAGGAUGCCAACCUCCCUAGCUUACAGAAGCCGUGCCCCUCUAUCUUACUGCAGGGGCACAUGGCCGACCUGCUGCGGAGUGACCGGGAAAUGGCACCCAGCUUCCUCAACAGUGUCCUCAAUCAGCUCAACUGGGCCUUCUCUGAGUUCAUUGGCAUGAUCCAGGAGAUUCAACAAGCAGCCGAGCGCCUGGAAAGGAACUUUGUGGACAGUCGUCAGCUGAAGGUGUGCGCCACCUGCUUUGACCUGUCAGUGAGCCUGCUCCGGGUGCUGGAGAUGACGGUCACCCUGGCCCCCGAGAUCUUCCUGGACUGGAACCGGCCUUCCUCUGAACUGCUGCUCCGGAGGCUGGCCCAGCUACUGAACCAGGUCCUGAACCGUGUGACAGCAGAGAGAAACUUGUUUGACCGAGUAGUUAAUCUCCGGCUACCUGGCUUGGAAAGCGUAGACCACUAUCCAAUUCUUGUUGCUGUGACUGGCAUUCUAGUCCGUCUCCUAGUGGACAGUGAUAUAGAGGGGACCAAACGAGCUACCGAAGUGCUCUUGGCAGACCCUUGCUUCCAGCUCCGCUCCAUCCAGUACCUCCUGGGCCAGCCAGAAUCCCCUGCCCCUGGGGCCACACCACCCCCUCCAGAGAGGAAGCACUUCUCCCUGCAGACCUAUACGGAUUACAUCAGCCAGGAGGAACUGGCCAAAGUGGAUCAGAUGCUGGGCCAUCUGAGUGAGGAGUCCAAGCAGGCUGCUGCCUCCACUCUGCCCACCAGUGAGGAGGACCUGUGCCCCAUCUGCUAUGCCCACCCCAUUUCUGCCCUGUUCCGGCCCUGCGGCCACAAGUCCUGCAAAGCCUGCAUCAACCAGCAUCUGAUGAACAACAAAGACUGUUUUUUCUGCAAAGCCACCAUCACAGGCGUGGAAGACUACGAGAAGCCAGCCUCCUCGUCUUAGGCCCCUUGGGGAGGGCGGCCUGCAGGGCCACGGCUGGGGAGUUUGGCCAUGCCCGUCCCUAUUUAUACGCCUCCCUUUGUGGGCAGCACCUUCACCAGCCUGGGCCUGCCCUGGGGAAGCCAGGGAGGGAGGGGGAGCCUGCGAGAGGCGGGCUGCCGCUGCCCUUCCCGGCGUGGUGAGGCCAGGGUUCCUCCCAGGGUGGGUGGGGAGGGCCCAGCUACAGGUGUGAGUAUUAAAUUAUUAUUCCGUACA